AUGUCUGUGGCAGACUUGUUUUCUGUUGAUUCGGAGCAGCCGGGAGUUAUGUGGAGGUGGAGACGUCGUUUGUGGCAGUGGAAGGAGGAGAUGUUAGCGGAGUGUAGGGCUUUACUUCUUGAUGUUCUUUUGUUUCCGAAUGACCACUCUGGUGCGACUACUGAUGCGGAGUUGGUGUGGCACAAACAGGUUCCCUUGAAGAUUUCAGUUUUUGCAUUGAGAUUCCUCCAGGAUCGUUUACUGACGAAGACUAAUUUGAUUGCUCGACGGGUGUUAUCGAAUGACAUGUCCUUAUGUGUCGCUGGAUGCGGUCAUCCGGAAACGGCCCAACAUCUAUUCUUGUUGUGUAACACUUUUGGUUCGCUUUGGCAUAUGGUGCGUGGUUGGAUUGGUUGCUCGGGGGUGGAUGCUGAUAAUUUAUCUGACCAUUUUCUUCAGUUUACUUAUUUGACAGGUGGUGCUAAGUCUAGACGUUCUUUUAUGCAACUUAUUUGGCUUCUCUGUGCCUGGGUUGUGUGGAAUGAACGAAAUAAUCGUCUGUUUAAUAAUGUAAUAACUCUCAUUUCCCGUUUGUUAGACAAGGUCAAGAUGUUGUCCUUAACUUGGUUGAAAGCUAAAAAAGCUACUUUUGUGUUUGGUACUCAGCAGUGGUGGUCAUGCCCUCUUGUGUGUUUGGGUAUAGGCUGA